AUGCGCUUCGCCGCGGAGGGCAGGCGCAUGCUGGAGAGGCGGGUGAAGAUGCGCGCGCUGGUGACCAAGGACCUCGAGCGCGUGCGGCGCGAAGGCGGAGUUCCCGGCACCCCUGGAAUCAUGAUGGGACCGCCGGAUAUCGGGAUAUGA